AUGUCUUCUUCAAUUCUCAGCUUCUCUCCUUGGAGAAGCAGGUCCUCCAGCUUCUCGUCGCAGCCAAACCGCCAGCAACCCUCCCAUGAUGACGGGGCAGAUGCUGCAAACACCCACGAUGACGCCGCCCAGCAUCUGUCAGCGUCAGUAGGAACGCCAAAGACGUAUCGAGAACCAAUUCGGUCCUACAUUCAUGCUUCGGUUCGGGGACAGCUGGCUCCCGUCGAUAGCGAGCAAAAUGCCCGAACCGUUCGCGAAGACACUGCCGAACUGGCUAGCUACUUGCUGUCCGAUGGCGCAACCCCCCGACGACCCUCAUUCUUGCAGCGGAACAGAGGCUCAGUACAGGACCUCUUUUCACAGAGCCAAGAUGGACAAGAUCGAAACGAAGACGAUGCUGCGGCUUCUGGGACCAUCUUGGAAGUAUCAGAGCCUGUUUCUCCGGAGGAAAGAGACCCCGAUACCGCUGUCGAAGAAUCUGGACCUUCAGUACUGUCCAAUCUGUUAAGAAAAUCGCCGCCGCAGUCUGUGGUUCCUGAUGCUCCUCUAUCGGCCGAGACACGGCCUAUCGAGCCGAAACGACGGCGGCAACACUCUGAGGAUGAGCAUGUCCAGCCUCAGCUGAGCGAGCAAACAACAGCCGUGACUGAACAGACACCACUUCUAGGACAUGUGUCAGAUGAGAGCGACAAUACCGGCGACCUUGAGGGGCAAAAAGACAUCCAGCCAAGGAAAUGGUACAGCGGGUUUGUCGAGAAUAGCCAAAAGCUGGAGAACCAUGUUGCCCAUGCUGUCAAGGUGGCCGUAAACCCACAUCGAUGGGAUCGCAAGGCAUUGUGGCAUACGGUGAUUGCGGAACCUGUCUCGUGCCUUCCUGCUGUGGCCGUUGGACUUUUACUGAAUAUUUUGGAUGCCUUGUCGUACGGUAUGAUCUUGUUUCCUCUUGGCAAACAAUUAUUCUCGCAUCUGGGCUCGGCUGGUAUUUCCAUAUACUACGUCAGCACAAUUGUAGCACAAAUCACGUUUUCAUCAGGCAGUAUAUUUAGGGGAGCUGUUGGGUCUGAACUUAUCGAAGUGGUUCCAUUCUUCCACAACAUGGCUCAGAAGAUCAUGGACAAUGUAGGUGAGGACAAUCCGGAUGCUGUCAUAGCCACCACCAUUGUUGCCUAUGCGCUGAGUUCUGUCAUGACUGGCCUGGUCUUUUAUCUCAUGGGCAAGUUCAAGUUUGGCUACAUGGUUGGCUUCAUUCCCAGACAUAUCCUAAUAGGCUGCAUUGGCGGUGUUGGUUGGUUUUUGAUCGCCACCGGCUUCGAGGUUUCUGCACGUCUAGAUGGAAACCUCGAGUAUAAUUUGGAUACUUUGAAAAAACUGACCCAGCCGGAUACGCUCCUUUUAUGGAUAUUCCCGCUUGUGUUGGCAAUUGCUCUAUUUUACGGACAGUCCAAGAUUCGAUCCAAGUACUUCCUGCCUCUUUUCAUUCUGGCCAUUCCUUUGGUAUUCUACAUCUUCGUCGUGUCCAUUGACGCGCUCGAGACGGAUACUCUGCGUGACAAAGGUUGGAUUUUCGAAGGGCCACCACCGGGAGAACCUUGGUGGUACUUUUACACACUAUAUCAGUUCAACUUGGUACACUGGGACGCUAUUCUCGAAGUCGUACCGGCGAUGAUGGCAUUGACAUUCUUCGGUAUCCUCCAUGUUCCCAUCAAUGUGCCUGCCCUGGCUCUGAACACGGGCGAGGACAACGCGGACCUCGACAAAGAGCUGAAGUUACACGGCUACUCCAACAUCUUGUCAGGAUGCGUGGGCAGCAUCCAAAAUUAUCUCGUCUAUGCAAACACUGUCUUUUUUGUCCGAUCCGGCGGAGACAAGCGAUUAGCAGGCUACAUCUUGGCCGCAACAACAUUUGGCGUCAUGAUGAUUGGUCCGUCACUAAUCGGGUUCAUCCCAGUUAUGAUGGUAGGCACGCUCAUUUUCGACUUGGGCUUUGAGCUUCUCUUGGAAGCAGUAUGGCUGCCCCGGAAGAAACUCAAGCUUGCCGAAUUCUUGACCGUCAUUGUCAUUGUCUUGGUUAUGGGAAUGCACGACUUUGUGGUUGGCAUUGGAGUUGGAAUCUUGCUUGCGUUUGUCUCGUUGAUCAUUCAGACCUCACGCGUUUCGGCCGUUCGUGGAUCAUAUGACGGAGGAAUUGUCAGCUCGACAGUCCGUCGCAACCCUUCACAACACCACUACUUGAACCAAGUUGGCCAGCAAAUCUUCAUCAUGAAGCUAACCGGUUAUCUCUUCUUUGGAACUAUUGUCAGCGUCGAAGAAAAGAUUCGGGGGCUGUUAGAUGACCACGCAUUCGCCAAGAAGCCCAUCAAGUUUCUCAUAUUGGACUUGUGGCACGUCACCGGUCUGGACUACUCUGCAGGCGAAGCUUUCAACACAAUCAGCCGCCUCCUUGACAAGAAAGGCGUCUUCUUUGUCCUCAGUGGAGUCGAUGCAGAAAGCCAACUUGGGCGAAAUCUCCGAGCCGUGGGCCUGGACAACGACCAGAUCGAGGUUAACAUGCUCCCGAAUCUGAACUCAGCCCUCGAAAGCUGCGAAAACGAGCUCCUUAAGACCCUGUACGCCAGGCAGGAGGAACUCAACUCAACCAAGCGAGUUGCCACGGCAAGUCUCGACGUUCCAACCGCAGCAAACACGUCAUCCUUCUCAUCCUUUGACCCGCCGUUCAACUCCCCCCGACAGACUCACCUUGUGGAAGCCGCCCGUGAAGCCCUCACAAGCGUUGACAUCCCCCAUCCGUCCAAGUGGCAAAGCUUCAACGAACCCCUCCGCCUGAUGCUUCAAAUCUUUCAAGGUCUCAGUGGUAAAAAUGAAGACUUUUGGUUCCAGGCGACAUCGUAUUUCAAGCGCAGGGAGUACGCCGCAGGUACCGUCCUGUUCCGCCGCGGUGAGCAAGCAGACGGCUUCUACCUCGUAGAGCGAGGCAUCGUCCGUGCAGAGUACGACCUACCACAGGGCUGGCUUUGCGAAAGCAUAGUUGCGGGCACUACGUGCGGCGAAUUACCCUUCUUCUCAGAGACGAAACGAACGGCGACGGCCCUUGUGGAGAGGGACUGCGUGGUAUGGCAGAUGGACUGUGAAGCCUGGAAGAAAUUGCAAAAGGAUGAACCGGAGAUUGCUAGGGAGUUUCUGAGGUUAUCAUUGAAAUUGACGAGCGAGAGAAUGAGUUCUAUCACGUCAUAUAUUUUGACAACGGCUGGUUGA